AAACGGAAAAUUACAAAAAAAAACAGAAUUUCUAUGAAGCGACUUAGAGAACAAAUUUAAAUAUUAAGAAAAAAUUAAAAAAAUAUUAUUAAAAAAAAUUGAAGAAAAAAGUGAAUAGAUAUCUCUGUGUUGGCGUUGGGUUUUUUAUCAAACCACACAUACAUACACAAUUGCAUUUGCGAUCAUUUACAAGGUGUAUGUAAAGAAAAUAGCUCACAGAAUAUAAUUUCACUUCGCGGUGUUGUAAAAGAAAACAAAAAUAUAUAUAAAACGUCGAUCCUGUAAAUUUAAUUCGAGUGUUCCAGUGUAUUUUUAUUUUCUUAAUCUUUUGGGAGUGCAAUGAAAAUGUUGAAAUAUUCCUUAAAUUUAUGUUUAUUGUUGCUGUUAUUUUCCUCAAAUGCGGUGUCGACUGAAAAUGUCAACCCAGAGCAAUCUAAAGCCAUUUAUUUGACACCAAAUGAAGUGAAGCUGUUUCGUGAAAGUUUAGACUUCAUUCAGGACCCGAAUUGUCAACGUGAUUUAAAUGUGACACUCUGGGCUCUGUUAAACAAUGUCCAGUGGGCCGUAACGAUGUACGAUGCUUCGGUGCGAAAUGCCAUUGGCACCGGCAGUAAAGUCUUCUAUCAAAUGGGACAUUUUGAUCAAUGCUUAGAAGCUUCGAGUAAGCCAGCAACAACGACAACAGCUACAUCAAUGGAGACAUCUUUGAAUGACGGGAUUUACAAGGAAACAAUACCAGUUCAAUAUUGUCUAGUCGAUGUGCGGAUCAAUGGAAUAAUACUGGACUCAGACGAGGCGGAAGGUGAUGAACAACAACAAGGCGAGACAUUGAUUUCGCGCUGGGGCGAAUGUUUACCGGCCUCCUGCAGUAGCUCGGAUGUUGCAAUUUUCUUGCACCAUAUUCUGCAGCGCAAUGUGACGGUCAGCGAUAAAAUGUGCCAAUUGUCAACGUCGAACGGAAGCCGAACCAUAUCGAUUGGAAUGUUUGCCUAUGCUUCCAUUGUGAUAUUCUUUGCAUUCUUUACGAUUUUUUGCACCGGCUAUCACAUUUAUUUGAAAAAAUCCACAGCAAGUCAAGAUGAUCUAAAGAAGGCAAUGAACAACAAUGACAUCUGGAAGACUGCCUUAUUAUCCUUUUCGGUAAUUGAAAACACCAAGAAACUCUUUCAACCCAGCAGCGAUAAGAAUGGACUGAAUCCAUUGAAUGGCGUUAAAGCUCUGGCAAUGAUUCUGAUACUGUUUGGGCAUGCAGGUAUAUUCAUAUACGGUAGCCCAUCGUACAACGUUGAUUUUAUGUCAGAGAAUCUAAAAAAUCCCUUGGUUGGUUUCGUUGUCAAUUCUUUGCUUUUUGUCGAUGUAUAUUUACUGCUGAGUGGUUAUCUCUUCUUCCGGAUAGCAUUUGUGGAGGUGGAGAAACGUAAGGGACGUUUGAAUCCUUUAUUUUUAUAUUUCGGACGUUACAUACGUUUGACACCACCCUAUAUGGUGGUAAUUGGUUUCUAUAUGACAUGGUUUCUGAAUAUUGGCAGUGGACCCAUUUGGCAGGAACGUAUUGAGCCACAACAAGAACGUUGUAUCUCCUCGUGGUGGUUGAAUAUUUUGUAUGUUAAUAACUACAUUAACACCGAUAAAUUGUGCAUGUUCCAAUCGUGGUAUCUAUCGGCAGAUACUCAACUUUUCAUGAUAGCCCCCUUCAUUUUGUUGUUGAUUUAUAAAUUCCGCAGAUUUGGCUUAACUGUUUUGGCUGGUCUCGUUGGCCUUACAUCGGCCAUACCCUUUGUGGUCACCUACAUGAAGGAGGCACAACCCACAUUUAUGGUCACCAGGAAGGAGGCUGAGGAUGUGUCUCUAAGCGAAUAUUACCAUGACACCUACAUCAAGACCCACAUGAGGGCUUCGGCCUACUUCAUUGGUCUGGGUAUUGGUUAUUUGGCACAUUUGAUACAUUGUAAAAGCAUAAAAUUACCAAAAUCUCUGGUGCGUACCAUGUGGACCUUAGGCGUCAUUAUGGGUGUUGGUUCCAUGUUUUCCCUUAGCCGUUUCUAUACAUCAUCGUAUACGAACAUGGAAAGCACCAUCUAUGCUGGUCUACACAAAUUGGCCUGGAAUUUGGCAAGUGGUUGGUUGGUGUUAGCCGUGACAACAGGGCAUGGCGGAUGGGUACAGCGAAUGUUAAGCAGUCGGGUGUUUGUACCAUUCUCGCGAUUGACAUACUGUGCAUAUUUAUGUAAUGGCAUUGUCGAGCUGUACAAUACAUCGAGUCAAAGGACUGUAGAGCGGUCGGGCUACAUAGAAAUGACAAAUUACAUGCUGAACCAUACGCUGAACACAUUUGCAUUGGCUUUCAUCUUGUGUCUGAUCUUCGAAUCGCCUUUACAUGCCGUAGAACGAGUGCUAAUGCGUCACUUUGGUGUUCGAGGCGGUGCGCCGCAGAAACGCGAUAGCAGCAGUUCAAAUGAUGCAACGCCCUCUACAUCUGAGGAACAAGUAGCCUAAGUCCUUGUUUUCCGAUUAAGAUUUACAUGCAUACAUCUGUGAUAGCUUUUAAGAGAAUUCAUUCGGGUAUAUUGUUGUAAUGUGUGACACAAAAAUAUUUGAUUUUCACUUCAUUUCAAGAUACUCAAUCUUUCGUCAU